AACUCACUCCCCUGUUUCCUCUCCAAGAAAAUUCCGACGGCAAGCCGGAGCUCAACCUUAAUAAAACCAUCCUCCACGCCCCGACAACCACAACCACCACAACCAUGCCCCCCCGGAUACGCGGCAGCAGCUGCCAGCCGCAAUUGCUCCUCAACUACCUCGAACCGGUACCAUCCUCCUCCAUAUCACCGGCAUCCGCCCUCACCCCACUACACAGGCCAACGGCAUCGCCGUCACCAAAAUGCAGUCGGGCCUUUUCCACAACGCCAGCGCCGCAGAUCACCAAGCUGCGGCGGGCGUUCAAGGAAUGGUGCGCCGAUAAGGGGUUGAUGUAUCGCAACGCCCCGUACGACCAGACGAACUACAUGGGCUUCUCGAGGACCCGGCCGUUCCCCGAGAACGAGCACUUCAAGAGCGAGCCCGUGCUGUCGGUCAGGGCGCGCAACAUGAUUUGGGAGGCCAUCAUGGUGAAGGGCAUGCCGCUCAAGGCUGUGUCGGCCGAGUUCCAUGUGGAUAUGCGCCGCGUCGCGGCGGUGGUGAGGAUGAUGGAGAUUGAGAAGAAGUGGGAGCGUGAGGACAAACCCCUCGCCCACGCCUACGCCCGCGCCAUAACCGCCAUGCUUCCGCGGGCAGACCUCCUCGAGGGCGAGAACAAAUUCGAGCCCAUCAACGACAUCCACGUGCACAGCUACACGACGCAGCAGCUGUUCGUGCCGGCGUCGGAGUCGCGGCAGUUCACGCGCGCCGACGCGGCCAAGGCGUUCGGCGAGCACAUCCUGCCGCCGGACGCCAAGAUGCGCAUCCCCGAGCUGGUGCAGAUGGAACGGAACCUGGUCGAGGGGAUGGAGCCGCGCGAGGCGCGCGGGCGCUUCAUCAAGGAGGCGGCCGAGAGCGAGCAGGCGUUCGCGGAGAGGCAGCGCGAGCGCGCGCUGGCCGCCGAGGAGCGCAAGACGCGCGUCAACACGGGCAGGUUCGAGUUCCGGUUCGAGAAGAUCAACGCCGAGAACGUGGGCCCCACGGGCCGCGCGCGGAAGGCCGCGGGCUGGCGGUACGGCGCGCCACAUAUGGACCGCAGGAGAGGCGAGGUCAAGAUCCCAACGAGCGUCGGGUGAAGCCUUGGGCUGGUCACGAGGAUUGGAAUUGUUUUCAGGACGCCGGUGUACGUAUGUAUUCAGGGCAGCUCCACCAGCGGCGAGCCCUUGUAUGAAUUAGUAGUAGUUAGUCUGGGAUGGUCUAGAUGAAAGCCCGCAAAAAGCGGCCUUGCUACCUCUCUAUCACAACCAUAUCUUGUAGUGUAGCCAACCAACCAAUCUAAAGACGGGGUU